CCCGGCUGCUGCGCGGAGCCGGGCUGUUGAUGCCACAGCUGUGAUCAUACGCUAUAGAGGCGCGCCAAGAGACGGACUGCAUAGUCUUCAUCAUCAGCUACUCUCAUGAUAUACCAAGCCACCACUUGCUGUAGUGCAAUUCUCAGGAUCAGGUUUAGGCAGGCUGUGGACCAGUCUUUGGGGAUACAGUAACUGCUGUGUGAUUGGCGGUUUGUCUGAUACACCAGAGAGAAACAAGAUAAGGAGAAGAACAUACUAGAGGAACCUUGGAUAAUCUGGAGAACGUCCUGCUUUACACAGAGACCAUGAUAGCGCUAACAGAACGCUAAAGGAAACCUAAUGGAAUGCUGAGUGAGGUCAUGUAGCUGCCCUCUGACACCCCUGCAUGUGACUACGCCUUCUGCGUCACCUCGGCUUUUCUAAGUGGCUGGUUUGGAGAGCGACGGACCAAUGGAGAAGAGUGCUGAGGAGCUGAACCUCUCGUUCCUGCUGGAGCAUGAGCGAGAGAUUAUCCUCGGAGUCCUGCAGAAGGACGAGAAACUGAGGAAACUAGAGGAGAAGAGGAUACGGAAGCUGAAGAAUGAGCUGGUGGAGAUCAGGCGUAAGGGUUCGCGGCGCCCCCAAGAGGUUGGGGAGCGUCAAUGCGCCCGUUGCCUGAAGGGCCUGGGCCUGAUUUUCGACCGCGGGGAGCUCUGUGAGCAGUGUCUACAGCGUGUCUGCAGCGACUGUCGCGUGAUGGCCCCUAAAUCAAAGCAUUGGAAGUGCUCCAUCUGUGCCAAAGUCUUGGAGCUGAAGGUGGUGACCGGGGAGUGGUUCCUAGAGGAGCGGUCCAAGCGGUUUGACAAGGGGACAGUUCUCAGCAGUGAUGUGGUCAAACAGUCUAUCAUGAGCAGCCCCGCAGGAAGCCCCCACAGGAAGUCCCCAGUGCCAGCUGACUCACCUGAGAGGCCUGACACCCCAAAAUCAGGAAGAAGUGCCGUGAGGAACCUGGUGGAUGGUGCCAAGAGGAAAGGGAAAGGGAUAUUGAUGGAUAAGAAGGGCAGCCGUCCCAGCCUGAAGCCAGAGAACGGGGUGCAGGGUGGGAGUGUGUGUGCUCCUGUCCCCGACACAGACACACACAGCGUACGCAGUGCCCGGUCUGCACCACGCUCCACAACCCGCUCAGCGCCUCACUCACAUAGGGGCAGUGUUGUGGCUCUGGAGUCUUCAGGGAUACGUACUGUACCUAACAACCUGCGUUCCCAAACCCUGGAGAGGGACAGGUCCCCUACACCCAGCAGCAAGAGCAGGAGGGUUAGGCCGGACGGAGCGGAGAGCGUGGCUAGUUUCCGCUCCAGCGACAGCGUGUUUGACAAGAUGUCCGACACCGUCACCGGGCUUGGCUGGACAGGGUCUGAUACCGCCCCACCCACCAUUGCUGUCUCCAGGGCCUCUGUUUCAUCAGAUCGUAGUCGUUCUGAGUUGGACCUGUCUGUUCCUGGUUCUGCCAGUGAUGAGGCCCUCAGCCUGAGGAGCCGCUCCGUUCCUGGGCUCAAUGACACGGAGUUUGAUGAUAAUGAUAAAGACGAGGACAUCGAUGCUCUGAUGUCGGCACACAGCAAGGCCGCCAGCCGACGCAUGAGCUGCGCUGUGUCUACGUCUUCUACUCCCGGCUCAGAGAGAAAAUGGGGCUACCUCAGUGUUCCUGGCGACUCAGACGCAGAAACUAGCAGUCUGAACAGUAUGAUGAGUAUGUACAGUGAGACUGGUGACUAUGGCAACGCCAACGUGAGUGGCGAACUGCUGUUGAACAUCAGCUACAGCUAUAAGACAGGCGCUCUUAACGUCCUGGUGAAGGAGUGUCGCAACCUGGCUACCGGGGAUGAGAAGAGGCAACGCACAGAUGCCUAUGUGAAGGCCUACCUCCUCCCAGACAAGUCUCGCCAGAGCAAGAGGAAGACCAGCAUCAAGACCAACACAAUCAACCCUGUAUUCAACGAGAACCUUAGGUAUGUGAUCAGCCACUCCCAGUUGGAGACACGAACGCUGCAGCUGUCUGUGUGGCACCAUGACCGCUUCGGACACAACAGCUUCCUGGGGGAGGUGGAGCUGACCUUUGACUCCUGGGAGUUUGACAGCAACACGGAGGAGUGGUACUCUCUGCAGCCCAAGCUGGACAGUAGUAUGGACUCCACGCUCCAGUAUAAAGGGGAGCUGACCGUGGUUCUGAAGUACAUUCCUGCAGAGAAGAACCUCAUGCUACCCCUGGACCAGGUCCAAGUGAAGAAAGGCUUUCUGAAAGGAAAGAAGACCAGCAUCAAGCUGCCUCAAGGAGGUAUGGUGGAACUGCUGGUCAAGGAGGCCAAGAACCUGACCUCAGUCAAGUCUGGAGGCACUUCAGACCCCUUUGUGAAAGGGUACCUGCUCCCUGACAACAGUAAGUCCACAAAGCACAAGACGGUGGUGGUGCGUCGCUCGGUCAACCCCCAGUGGAACCACACCUUCACCUACUGUGGCCUGCAGGCCGGAGACCUGAACAACGUGUGUCUGGAGCUCACCGUCUGGGACAAGGAGGCUCUGGCCAGCAAUGUCUUCCUGGGGGGAGUCCGACUCAACGGAGGGACAGGCCAGAGCUAUGGGAACCAGGUGGACUGGAUGGACUCGUACGGAGAGGAACAGCGGCUAUGGCAACGCAUGAUUGACAACCCGGAGGUCCCUCAGGAGUGUACACUGAUGCUGAGGUCCAGCAUGUGCAAGCACAACACAUGAGAUGGAGGGAAAGAAGGACAAAAGAAAAAGGGACAGAGAGAGGUGGCAGAAAAGGGAGAAACAGUGGAUGGAAAGGGGGGGGGGAGAAAAGAGAAGAAAAGAAAGAGAAGGACAUUGGUUGACAGUGCUCCAUGUCCAAGCUCUAUCCCACAAUACAGAGCUGAUGACAUCACUCCACUUCCUGACCCUUGAACCCUAACCUCUGAGCUACCCUGAUCCUGCACUGGGGUUCAUAGUCCUCUACCUGGUAAAGAGGUCAACCAGUCAUGCCUUACACUCACAUGGCCAUACCCAGCCAAGACCAAGCACUGCUACUACUACUACUACUACUACUACUACUACUACUACUACUACUACUACUACUACUACUACUACUACUACUACUGUACAUUAUGACAUGUACAGGUAACUGCUAAAAUAAUGGAAACACUUGAGUAAAUGAGAGAUACAAAGUGUAUAUCCCUCCAAUAGAGUUCCAGACACUCAUAGAAGGUGGUAGCCCAACACCCUAUUAAGACACUUUAUGUUGGUGUUUCCUUUAUUUUGGCAGUUACAUGUAUGUAACAUAAUGAACAAGCACAUUGUCAUUUGUAUGAUCUGAUCUGACUAUGCACAACGCUCUCCUCUCCCUGUGUUGAGACUACUUGAGGUAGAAGUUGUUCUUAACCCCAGAUCUAGGAUCAGAUUGCUCUGACCUGCUCUUAACCAUAACCAUUUAGGGGGAAGAUAAUGUAUCUGACCCCGCAUCAGUGGCUACGGGUAGCUUUUACCUAGGCUUUGACUCAAUCAGAACCCGCGUUGGCAGACAUCCACUUUGCGGAUGUUUUGUUUCGUGUCCACAAUAAGCUAACGCAUGGAGCCACUUGUGGAUUUUCAGCUCUAACGCAGUUACACUUCAGACACCGCCAAAACAAACGAUAUGGGGAUCUAAUAGAAUCUAGUCCCUUCUCUCAUAAGGUAACUUCUCCAAAGGCACUUAGGGGUUGAUGCAUGCUGAGUAGAUUUAAACAUUCCCAAAGUAUACUGUAAAAUGAUAAUAAGGGUGUGUUCAAGAUUGCAUUGUUUAAUGCAAUAAUGUUAUUAUGCAACAUUUUUGAACUGAUAAACCCCAGUUUCAAAGUGUUGCAAAAUUGCAUUGUAACUAAUCCUGAACACACCAAUGGUUUUACUGUAGUUUUGAUAAAGCACACAUUACGAGUAGAGUGGCACAAAUAGCCACUUCAUAAACAGAUGUUUUGGACCUCGUUUUGGGUGGAAACAGAGAUUAAGGCAGAAAUCUAACUAGAGAUCCAGCAGCACCAAAUCGCUGAUAGAAAUGUAUUGUGUCAAGUGUGGAAUAGAGAGUCAAGGGCAGUUAUAUCUGCAACACAGGAAACAUUUUGCCCCAGGAGCCUUGGGGAGAUGUGAGAAGGAUUGCAUGUUCCAGAGUGAACCCAUGUCCAGAGGGGAGGGACCUUUGGCUUUUUAAUCCAAUGGGUUUUGAGAAGAGAGUAUGUGAGGAGAAUGUAAUUGAAAUUCUCUCUAUGACUCAUUGAAUAGAACACAUCCGCCACUGUGACCUGUCUGUCCCUACGACCUCAUUGGAUAAGUAAUAUCACUUCUAGUAUCCCCCCCAUUAGUGGUUCUGAAGUCUUGGCAUGCACCUCAAAUGUCACCCUGUUCCCCAUUGGGGUGGCAGGGUAGCCUAGUGGUUAGGUUCCUAGGCCGUCAUUGAAAAUAAGAAUGUGUUCUUAACUGACUUGCCUGGUAAAAUAAAGGUAAAAUAAAAUAAAAAAUAAAUAUGGGUGAUUCUACAGAAGUGGUGUAAAUUGGGGGUUGGGAAAAAAAUCACAUUUGUAUCCUAUUUUUCCUAAACUGUCAGCACACAUCUCAUAUGCCAGAUAGACAUAUCUAAUACUCACACACUGUUUGUAUUAAUACUCACACACUGUUUGUAUUAAUACUCACACACUAUUUGUAUUAAUACUCACACACGGUUUGUAUUAAUACUCACACACGGUUUGUAUUAAUACUCACACACUGUUUGUAUUAAUACUCACACACUGUUUGUAUUAAUACUCACACACUGUUUGUAUUAAUACUCACACACUGUUUGUAUUAAUACUCACACACUGUUUGUAUUAAUACUCACACACGGUUUGUAUUAAUACUCACACACUGUUUGUAUUUGAAAUUUGAAGUAUUGUCCUGAAUUUCUUACCAGGAAAAAAACGUGUCACGACCAAAACAUACUGAAACAGUAUAAAUACAUGGAGAAACAUGCUCAUUAUUGAUCAUUUGGAUGAACCUUCUAUUCAUGUUUUAUUUGCAUACAAAAUGGUCAAAAUAAUAAAAACAUGAUUUUUAACCGGACUUUCAAAUCCUUUAAAUUGAAUUUAGAGAAAUAUAAUUUAUAUUGUUCUUCUGUAAAAUGUUCAAUGUUGAUUGUAGAAUCUAAAAUGUUUUGAUUAAUUAAUUUACUUAUGUAUCUAAUUCAUUGUUGCUUGAUGUAUACAUUGUAACUUUUCCUAUCUUUAUUUUAGCAAAAUAAAGAUUGUCAAUGGAUAUAUAUUGGGUAUAUUUUAGUAUAGACAUUACCAUUGAGGGCUUCCAUCAUUUUAAAGUAGUCAGCUGGAUGGGGAUUCUUAUGGGUUGGGAGCAUUGUCUUCUUCAAAUUGAGUUGCCUAUGGUUUGUAAAUCAAAGACUAAGGUCUUGUCCGAGAGCAUGAGCCAAGACCAAGAUUUAAACCAGGACAUUGGUCCCAAGAUCCAUACCUAGGGAGUUGAGACCAUGACAAGUUAAAUACAUAAUGUAUGUGGACUUGAGUGGUCUCAAGACCAAGACCACAAGACUCCAUGGGCCCUUUCUUCAAUUCUAAGAAACUUGAGUAGAGUAAAGUAGAGUAUAGUUCACUGGAGUACUGUAUAGUACAGUAGAGAAGAGUACAGUACAGCACAGCACAUUAUAGACGUUUAUGUUUGGGCUCUUUUUUCCUGAAGUGUGCUCUUGACCACUACCUACAUGGUUGCUCAGGAUGUAUAGCAUGGCACUUGCAAAUUUAAAAUGGAGAAAGCCUCAAUGGCGCUGCCUGUGCUGGCACAGAUAUCAUGCUGGCACAGAUGUCAUGCUGGCACAGAUGUCAUGCUGGCACAGAUGCCAUAAUGGCACAGAUACAAAGAUGAGACCUCUAUCAAUCUCUAUGGUGUCAAUUGUUUCAGUUGUGACUGCUUUGGUUGGACAAUUUAGACUUUUGGACAGAUGUACUUCCCACCAAACACAUACAUACAUACAUAUUUCUUGAAAUAUUAGAUGUUGAGUAGUGAAGCAUCUUAAAAAUACAUGAAGAUUUAUUAAACCUGCUCACAAAUUUGAUCCAAAAUGUUUGCAGACAGACUACUCACUAUGUGGCCAUGCUAGAGAGGGGUGCAAUCCCAUCAGCUGGAGAUAUAUGUAGGGGUGUGGCUUAAUGCAGAUUCAUUCUACAGUCUUUUAAUGUGUGUGUUUUAUCAGUCUUUUAACGGUAGUGACAUCAAAAGGUGGGCCAGCAUUUUUUUGGGAAGUAUGUUUUAAAAUAAACAAAUCUACUAAUUAUACCAGGAUCUUUCAAUGUAACAAUGUAACAACUCAAGAUGUUCUGUUGAAAUAAUAAUACUAAAACUAUUUUAAAAAUCAUGAAUUGCUUUAUUUUCAAACAUGAAGUUUAAGAGUCAGUGUGUGAGACAGACAUCUCUCAAUAGAAACAGCUAUAUAAACAAUGACUUUGUACUAUAUUAAUUGAAAAAUAUGUUUGUUAUUCCCUUGAAGUGAGAAUAUAUCAUGAUGUAAUGAAAUGUCCUAAGUUUGGAGACUUAAAUGUUUUUCUAAAUAGUUUAUUAUUCAUUUUUAAGUGGGACAGAAAUUUACAACACUUCUGUAGAAUACCCCAAAUACUCUAUAGGGAAAAGGAUGCCAUUUGGGCUGCAGACUUGGUCUCGGUGUCACAGCUUACUGUCACAACCUACAGUCUACUGUGGAAUGCAAGUCUACAUAUUCACCAUUGUCUGAGUUCCUGUUAUGCUCUGAAUUCUGAGUGUAAACAACCAUUGAAAACUACAGAAUACAGUAAUAAUAAUACUAUUAAAAUGGCAUUUACUGUGUAGAUGAGUUGCAGGCAAUACCCUGCUACUAAAGAAACACUAGACGUGUCUGACAGCAUGUUACUGUCUCUGUUUUAAUGUCCUCUCAUUCAAAACUAGAUUGUUCGAUUUGACAUGGCAAUGUGACUGAAUCAAUCUCUGAUUUGGUUUCAAAUGUUUUAUCAGAAUAUUUUGAAGAAAUAAACAACAUCAUUCCUCAGAUGA